GAUGAGAUUGUACCCAGCCAUUGGGGCCGGAUCAUCAUGCCCGUCUUCUACCAAGUCACGCCCUCGGUCGUGAAAAACAGAUCCGACGGUUACGGCGAGGCUAUCGCCGGGCAUAGACGGAGAGGAUUCUACCCACAGACCCUUGGGCAAUGGGAGAGAGCUCUCAGCUAUGUGGGAUCCAUCCCAGGGUUGGAGAUUGAUAGCUUGCCCGAAGAUGCUUCGCUCAUCAAUGUUCUUGUCGCAAAUGUGUUGAGGGCACUGAACAGAAACUUCGUUGGCAUCGAGUAUCAUGGAGAAAGAGUUAUGAAAUUACUAAAAGUGGAAUCUAGCGAUGUUCAUGUAGUUGGAAUACAUGGCAUAGGGGGCACCGGGAAGACAACAAUUGCAAGAUUCAUCUACAAAAGAAUAUUUGAUCUCUUUGAUGGCUGUAGCUUUCUGGAAAAUGUUAGAGAACAUACCAAAAAACCAGGAGGUGUAGAUAAUUUGCAAGGUCAGUUGGUUUCUGACCUCCUAGGUGUAACGCAUGGACAAAUUCAUUCUGUUGAUGAUGGGAUUAAGUCCAUCAGAAGUAGACUCUUGCACAAGAAGGUUCUCAUUGUUCUCGAUGAUAUUGAACCAAGCUCCGGACUUACACCGAUUUUAAGUAUUCUUGAUUCGUUAGGCUCUGGAAGCAGGAUCGUAAUUACCACCAGAGACGAACAGGCUUUAGAUAAGUUUGAAGUGUCCCCUGAAAUAUGAAGUCGGGGAAUGCUAGAAGAGGAAGUCGAUGAACUAUUCCGCACUCAUGCCUUCAGGGGGAGACCUGCUCCAUUUGACUUAGCUACUCUGUCCAAAAAUUUAGUAUCGACUAUUGGCCGGCUUCCUUUGACUGUUGAGGUUGUUGGGUCGUAUUUAUAUUCUAAAAGCAAGGAGGUGUGGGAGCAGACAUUAAAUGAAUUGAGAAAAGUAC